AUUUUCUAUUUAUAUCUUUCUGCAAUUUGUGUCACUUAUCAUACACUAUAAUUAGAAAAUGAAGUUCAGUUUUCUCUUAUGUAUUUGCUUAAUAUAAAGUCGUUGCUUACACCAACUUUGUAUUUGAAUUGUGAGUUGGGUAAUUUUUACAUAAAGUUAGCACUGAACAUACUUCGCGUUCAAAAUAAUUAUAUAUUUGUACUGACAUUUGUCGUUACGCAUGAAUGCUUAUCAGCGUUGAAGGGGGUUGUUGCACAAAUAUAUUGUACACUGCGCCCAGUAAAAAUUCAAAUUGUGUUGUAGUGGACAAACAAAAUUCCAAACAAGUGACAGUGAGUUUUCGACAUUGUGAAAGGUAAAGAAUUAAGAAACUUUUGAAAUAGACGAAGAAAAAUUGAAGUUUAUGAGGGUAAAAGAAAGCUUUUCGUGUUGAAUUCUACCAACAUGGCUAAUGCGGACAUGGAUAUGAGAGCCAACCUCACUGAUUUAUCUAAACUACCAGUUAAGGAGUUCGAAAAGCAUUUCCGUGACUGGAUGGAGCGCGACGAUGUGGCGCGUUCGUUACAAGCAAAGUUGCGAACAGAUCUCAUAUCAAACUUUAACAAAACUGCAUUAGGACGUCAAAUUUUGGCACAAACUACAACAACCACCACCGGUGGUUCCGCGCAGCGUCUGACACUCUCGCCAUUGGUGUUGGCGCUCAACACUCUCGUUGCUGAAUUUCUCUAUGCACAAAACUGUCAUUUUUCUUUGUCAGUAUUUUGCACUGAGGUCCCAUUUCGAAACACACUUCCUGACUUUGAGAGCUCGCCGCAUUUCCGGUUCAGCGGUGAUGAGAUCAAAGAAAUUUUAGAAGCCAUAUUUAGUAAAGCAUCUCAAGAGACUCCAUUUAAAAAUAGCAUUAUUAGAAAAUAUGAACACAAUAAAAAUAUUUCACUGUUGAUGGUGCUCAUCCGGUAUUUAUUGAGACAGAAGGAGGAAUUCGCGAAGAGAAUUGCCUCUAUAAAACCUGGCACUGUAACUGAAGGAACGCAAACUGUCGAAAAGAACAAUACAACUCAUGAACCGGAGCGUCGACAGCUGCCAGACGACUCAAUAAAAACAAAUUAUGUGAAAAAUGAGAUUCCGAGCGCCAACAUAAGAUACCUCAACAAAUAUCUAGUGAUACUUUCCUCCAAAGUAAAGGAAAUGUCUGAGCAACUAAACGACUUGCGGUAUAAACGCGGCAGCUUGCCGACCACACGUCUUGCGAAAAGCGUGAGGACUCGUCGCUACGACAAGUUAAACCACAGCCUAGAGCGAGUAACAAGUCAACUGAAGCAUAUGACGCACACAAAGCGCAAAAACAAGCAAGUGGGCGCAGUUGUCUCAGCGGUCGACGCAUUGGCGACACAGUUUACCAAGUGCGUCGAAAGUUUCAGAUCGGUUUCGAGAGAGCUGAUUGCCAGCAAUGAGAAACAAAGUCAAUUGCAACAUAUAUUGCCACCGAAGCCAGUGCUUUCGCAAGCCGCAGUGCAGGUAGACCUUUCCUAUGGACGGCCGAACUGUGCCGAGCAUAAGAAGCUCACAGCAGAAAAAUCCUACACCGAUUGGGUACAUGAGAUGCGCCAUACGAAAAACGGACAGAAGUUUUUAGACAGAAUAGAAGUAUCACUAAAGAAAGCGCUAAAUAAGCAGCGCGAGCUGCUGAGAAAGGAAUCCGAUCAGAAACUACGACAUCAAACAGAAGUGCUCAAAAUACAAUACCAGGAAAAAUUAAUGGAGCACGUUUCUCGUCUUCCACAAUAUGACUAUUCCAAUGAAGCGCGAAUGCUCAACGAGAGUAUUGGACAGCAAUUGAAAGAGUUCGAGAGCCGACAUGCGGAACUUCUGCAGAAAAUUCAAGAUGUACACAAGCAUGAAGCCAAUAACUUACCCACCACUGAAGCAGAAAAAGAAGAUGCAGCGGAUGCUAAUGCAAAAACAGAUAUGACGGAUGAGAUCGUGCGCAGAGUUGUUAGAGAAAUGGAACCCAAAAUAAAUCCAAGCGGUCCUCAGUGCUCCAACAACAUGCAAGAAAUUACUGUUUCCGACACACGAGCCCGAGAUCCCUUGUUAAAGGAUGUUGUGAAUACACAGAAGCAACUGCAGAAGAUGGCUCAAAGCAUUGUGCAGCAAGAGCGAACUGUGGACCAAAUUGUUUAUGAAGCUAAGAUGCGCAUUCAAGAGCUUGAGAAUGAAAGCAAUCAACUUGAAUUGAAUUUUCGAAAUUAUCUGGACCGACAGCGGUUGCAGGCCGAAACUAUGCGCGAAGUAGUAUCCAGUCUUUCCGAGAGCAAUAAAAAGGAUGUGUCAAAAGUUGCCGACAGCUAUCGCAAGACUUUAAAAGAUAUUCGAACAUCUUCCACAUUGCGAGCUGAAAACGAACGGCGAGAGGUGAAAACUAAAAGCCGCAAUAAAACGGUCCAAUCAAAAGAUUCGCUGAUAGAUUUAACUGACCAGGAAAAUAAAAGUCCAAAUCAGUAUCGCAAUGCAAUUUUGGAGGCGAAAACAAAACUGUUUAAAGGUGAUCGACAGUAUGGCAAAAUGGGUAGUGACGAUGAAGAAUUCAAACCUCUUGGUUUUGAGCCUUACUAUUACAAUCGGAAUUUCGGUACUUGCGAAUCCCAGAGUAAUUUGAUAUCGAGCAAUGCGCACUUCUCUCAAUGGAAUGAAAAUCCUACAAGGCUUCUAAGAACUGAGCCACCUACAGAACACAGCAAUUUCAACAACAACACCAAUACAGCGAGUGCCAGAAGCAAUGGAGCUCCGCUCCAUAGAGCAUAUGCAGUUCUUCCAAAUACUCCACAGGCAAGCAUACCAACAAUCAACCAACUCACAAGUAAACCAACUACCAGCGCAGCUGCCGCAGCAUCAAGAACGUUUGUUGCAAAACCAAUGCAAACAGCGCCAGCAGCAACUAUGCCAACAGUAACUGCCAAAAUUACUUCGGUAUCUACUAUUGUCACAGCUGCUGUUGCUGCGAAGGGAGCAAACCGACAUGCCGACGAGCGGACACCGGAUGGGCUUCUGCAACACCUGGAACCUGCAGCGCACACAUCUAACUUCAAUAAUGACAUUCAGGACAGUCAAAGUGCAAGUGAUCACAGCAAAAACAGCUGCAAAAGCAAUAUAUGUGUCGAGGAGGAGGCAACGGACACACUUAGCAGUACACGUAGCGCCAAAAAGGGAGGAAGUGCAAGAGCUAAAGUAGGAGGUCGUGAUAAAAAGAUCGGUCGUGGUGAAAUCACUGACUCCACCAAUCCGGUAGAGGCCACAGUGAACUUGAUGGAAACUAUGGAGCGAAUGCAACGCUUGUUCACCGACACCCCAACAUGCGUAAUGCAAGAAGAGUUGCCGCAUUCACGCGCCGUUCUAUUAGAAAAAGAGAAAAGUAAACCAAAACACAGAAUUCAACAAAAUAAUCAACAAAAGCAACAUGUAAUGAGUCCAAAAACUAAAAAAGGUGGCAAAAUUUCAUCCCUGACCAACGAGGACCCUAGCACGUUUCGAAAAUACAAGCAGAAUAAAAUGGAACGAAAGGAGCGCCGAACAAAAACCACAAAAAGCGUGGAAACACCGAAAUCUAAUGGACGCGCAGAGGACGCAUUGAAUACAUUUGCCUGCUCUGAUGUGGAGGCACGAAAUAUGCCAGCGGAAAGAUCAGUACCAGCAACAAGGCCGCAGCACUAUAAUAUUACAAGUUCAGCGACUGAAAUCAACGUUCUGGCGCCAACAAUAUCCUCAACAACCUUCUCCAUACGCGUAGAUGAUAACCUAAAGGAAGUGGUGAGCGAGUCAUCGCUCGAAAUCGCUAGCAUGGUCGAGGCUGUCGAUGAGGAGAUAGAAUUGGAAGAACUGGUCGCUGCGGUGGAAGAGGAGGAAGAGGCCGAAGAGGAAGUCGAUGAAGAGUACGAACCAAUGGGCAGUGUUAAAGUGAGCUCGCUGCCAAUGCCCGCUAUCGAAGAGGUGUCAGGUAUCAGUUCUUCCUCUAGCAGUGCGGUUCACAUGUCCGUUGGCGGUGGCGGUGGCGGCGGUGUGGAACGCACAAAGAAAAGUGAUAGUGGCAGCGAUUUCUGGGAGUAAAAUUCCUCUAACGGUAGCGCGCAAAUGAGCUGCAGUGUGAGCAGAGAUAUAAAUGAAGCAGAAAAGUUUUAAAGCCGACAGUUGAUAACAGAACUUGAAUCAUCACUUAAGUUCGCCAAUCACCAAAUUUUAAUUGCUUGUUUUUUAAAACAAAUUUUCAUAAAUUCAUCUAAAUUUAUUAAAUUAAUGUUAAUGAGAAUUCUUAAAGAAAUUAUUUGUAACAAUUUACAGAAUAUACAAAUCAAAUUGUAAUUAAGGGAAAA